AAAAAAAAAAAAAAAAAAGUCGUUGGACCUCGUCCAGGUCCGUGUAUUCUCAGAACCGUUGGGCCGGACAAUGAGGUGUGCGCGCAGUGACAUAAUAUCCGGGAGUGGGGGGUUCCAAGGCCGACAAAAAAGCAUAUUCCUUGCAAGUCCGCCGCCCCCUAUUUGGGUUUAAUUAUCGCGCUCGACGCGGCUCUUUUGGAAUCGAUUCCGGCAUCUACAGCGCCAGAAAAUCCCAAUCGCCCAACCCGCCCAUUUCGCAUCAUUCAUUUGAGCGGGCGUUUUCAAAGAAGGAAUCUGCUGUUCGGGGCUGUUUUCGAUCCAUACUGUUUGAAAAAAAGCAGGAACAGACAAAAUGCCAUCCGCAGUCAGACUCGUCCAGGCUCUGCUGCUGCUCCUGACCAGCAGCAACGGCGCCCUGGCCGUCGAGCAAACGGCCGCCUGGGUCAGCGUGGACGAUUCGGGUGCCCCCAAGACGCUGACCCCGGUUCUGAGCACCGCCAAUGGCCUCCCGACCAUCGUGUCCAACGCGGCGCCGCAUGAGAUCACCGCUACUGUGUUUACCAGGACGCAGCAUGGAUACAUCUCUACUAGCACCGGCUCCCCGAGCGUCUACAGCGCCAUGUCUGGCGGCUCCAACGGCCAAGGCGCAUUCCCGCUCUGCAAGGCUGCGGCAGAGGCCAAAACGCCCCUAUGUCUUCCCAAGGAUGGGUCAAUCUUGAACCCCGGGAUCACCUACUAUGUAACAUGGGACCCAACCUUUCUCAAAAACGCCACCAACACCACCGUGACCAUCACGACGACCUACUACAACAUGACCACGGCGCUCCUGGUGAACGAGACCAUCACCCCCUCUUCGACCGACGAGCUCGCCAUCCCCUUCUCGCGCGGCUUCUACGCCUGGCCGGUGGGGUGGCAGAUCCUGCAGCCGGGCAGGCCCGAGAUGAACGUGACCCUGACCCUGACCACGACGACUCGCCACCUCAACACCACCAUCGUGGCGGAGCACCACGGGCCCGUCGUGCUGGUCGAGAAGGAAAAGUCCUUCAGACAGCCCGACACCCCGACCCCCGCCGGGCCCGAGAUCUACAUCGGCCUGCCCGUCAUCCUGGGCUUCGUACUGCUCAUGGUGUUUGGCACCUGCGUCUGGAACCGCAACGCCCGCCGCAUCGACCUCGGCGCCCUGGUCGCCCGCAGCCGCCGCGGUCGCUCCGAGCGGGGUCGGGGUCGCUACCAGCGUCUGGGUGGUGACGACAACGACGACGACGACGAUGGCAAUGUUGGUGGCCGUGGUGGUCGCUCGGGCAGGCGUCAGAGGAAGGAGUCGAUCAGGCUCAUGGAGUACGACGAGGGCGAGGAGAUGGAGUCAGGCCGCUUCGGCAGGCGCGACAGCGUAGACUCGCUCGGCAGCUUGGCCGGUAGCCCUGUGCGCCAGACGCGGAAGAGACAUGGUGACUGAGUAUUUGGACGGUAUUAUGUCGGAAACUUAUCAAAAAAUGGCUCGUUUGCUUGAGAAAGCGUGGUUUUUUCAGCACCAGACAAUAAGUGUAGUUUUCUAACAAACUCCGCCAUGUACAAUCAGAGAUUCACACCGUGAUUAAUGCAUAAUCCUUUUUUAUAUAUACUCUUUUGGAUUGUCUGAGUCAAGGAGCAU